GCCACAGGGUUCAGAACGUUGAUGUGGUUCUAACCAAGCUGUUGAAAGCCUUGUAGGGCGUCCAAACCACAUGAAACUGGACUUGGGAUAGACAGGAAGUGAUCCAGACCCAAAGUGAAACAGCAGGGACACUGACCCCUUUCCCAGUCUACCUGGAGACUCACUCCUACCUGGCCCCUGUUCUCAACAGAGGCUGAGGCUGGCCACUGGCCCCGAAGCCCUGCUGAAGCCGCACUUUUGCUGUGUAAACUGCUCUGUGGCUCUGGGCGGGGCCUUUCUCCUUGCCGAUCUAUAAUUUCUCAGAAGAGAGGUUGAGGAUUGUCCUGGAAAAUGUCCUGGAGACGAGGUAGCAUGGUGGAAGUUACUGUCCUACUGCCCAAUCCAGACCAGACUUGUCUACUACUCCUGCCUGCUCAGAGGGGACUUGCUGACGACACUGGCCACCCAGCACAAGAGGGUUAACGGAGCUGGAGUGUGGGGCAGGGCCAGCCUACGGCAGUGGGGCAGCAGCACAGCACUGCAACAGCCCUUGCUCAUUGCCUGCUUGUAGCCCGCUCUGCACAAGGCAUGAUGGCCCUGAGGACAGGAGGCCCAGCCCUGGUGGUACUUCUGGCUUCCUGGGUGGCACUGGGCCCUUGUGGCCUGCAGGGAACAAAGACCGGAGCAGCAGCAGAUUCUGAGGGCCCCCCAUGUCCAGUCAUCUGUACCUGCAGUUAUGAUGAUUACACGGAUGAGCUCAGCGUCUUCUGUGGUGCGAGGAACCUCACACAGCUGCCUGAUGGCAUCCCAGUUGGCACCAGGGCCCUGUGGCUUGAUGGCAACAACCUCUCCUUGAUUCCCUCAGCGGCCUUCCAAAAUCUGUCUAGCCUGGACUUCCUCAACUUGCAGGGCAGCUGGUUGAGCAGCUUGGAGCCAGAGGCGCUUCUGGGCCUAAAGAACCUAUACCAUUUGCAUCUGGAGCGGAACCAACUCCGGAGCCUGGCACCCAGCUUGUUCACACACACCCCUGGCCUUGCCUCGCUCAGCCUGGGCAACAACCAGCUGGGCCGGCUGGAGGAGGGCCUGUUCCGGGGCCUCACCCACCUCUGGGACCUCAACCUGGGCUGGAACAGCCUGGUGGUACUGCCUGACACUGUAUUCCAGGGCCUAGGCAACCUCCAUGAGCUGGUGCUGGCUGGCAACAAGUUGGUCUACCUGCAGCCAGCACUCUUCUGUGGCUUGGGAGAGCUGCAGGAGCUGGAUCUGAGCAGGAAUGCACUACGCAGCAUCAAAACCAAUGUGUUUGUGCACUUGCCCCGGCUACAGAAGCUGUACCUGGACCGCAACCUUAUCACAGCUGUGGCCCCUGGUGCCUUCCUCGGCAUGAAGGCACUGCGUUGGCUGGACCUGUCCCACAACCGAGUGGCUGGCCUCCUGGAAGACACCUUCCCCGGUCUAUUGGGCCUGCAUGUCCUGCGCCUGGCACACAAUGCCAUUGCCAGCUUGCGGCCACGUACCUUCAAAGACCUACAUUUCCUGGAGGAGCUGCAGCUUGGCCACAACCGUAUCCGGCAGCUAGCUGAGAAGACAUUUGAGGGCCUGGGGCAGCUGGAGGUGCUGACGCUCAAUGAUAACCAGAUCCAGGAGGUCAAGGUGGGUGCCUUCUUUGGCCUCUUCAAUGUGGCUGUCAUGAACCUCUCUGGCAACUGCCUGCGAAGCCUCCCAGAACAGGUGUUCCAGGGCUUGGGCAAACUGCACAGCCUGCACCUGGAGCACAGCUGUCUGGGCCACAUCCGCCUGCAUACCUUUGCUGGCCUAACAGGGUUGCGCAGGCUCUUCCUCAGGGGCAACAGCAUCUCUAGCAUUGAGGAGCAGAGUCUGGCAGGAUUCCCAGAGCUCCUAGAGCUCGAUCUUACCACCAACCAGCUCACACAUUUGCACCCCAGGCUUUUCCAGGGUCUUGGUCAGCUGGAGUACCUGCUCCUCUCCCACAACCGGCUGUCAGUGCUGUCUGCAGAUGUCCUGGGCCCCCUGCAGAGGGCCUUUUGGCUGGACAUCUCCCACAACUGCCUGGAGGCACUGCCUGAAGGCCUCUUCUCACCACUGGGACAGUUGCGCUACCUCAACCUCAAGAAUAACUCCUUGCAGACCUUCUUGCCGCAGUCUAGCCUAGAACGCCUGUGGCUUGAUGGCAACCCCUGGGACUGCCGUUGUCACCUGAAGGUACUAAGAGAUUUUGCCCUGCAGAACCCCAGUAUUGUUCCCCGCUUUGUUCAGACUGUCUGUGAGGGGGACGACUGCCAGCCCGUGUAUACCUAUAACAACAUUACCUGUGCUGGCCCUGCCAACAUCGCAGGCCUCGACCUGAGGGACAUCCGUGAAGCCCAUUUUGCACACUGCUAGAUCAGCUAUUGACCUAGUCUGGCCAGGCACUGCCCUGCAGUCAGUCAGGACAGGGCCUUACCACCAGAAUAAGUUGGCUUCCACAGCCUGGGGGGAAAACAACUGGCCAGCUCUAGGGGACAGGUCCUGGACUGUUUACUUCCUGGAUGCUAGGUAGUCCUGGCAGCUACUUGGCUUGAACUAAGAAUGGGUGGGCAUGGGCCAGGUGCCCAAGGGCCUGAGGAGAGCUCAGCAGCUCUCCUUGCUGGCAACAAUUAAAAGCAAGCACUAAGCAUAGAUUUUGACUUUAAAUGUACUUGGGGAGGGUGGUCUGUGGUCUCCCUGUCCUCUUUCCUUGCCCCUUCUAUCCUUUCUUGGUUCUGCUCAAGCCCAGGCCUGUGUCUUGCUGGUGUUGGGAACAUUUGUGACCCCCUAUCCUGGCCCAGAUCCUGCUAUGUCCAUACCUUCUUGGGCUUCUCUGAACCCUUUCCUCCAACCUAAAGAACAGUCUUUCAAAAUGUUGGCAUCUUGUCCCUCCCACUCAGGGCAUCAUAUAGGGACCAGGCAUGGUUUUCACAGGUGGUGUUCUGAUCCCACAUAGCCACUGCACAGGUAUAGAGGUCAUUACUCUCUUGGGCAACACUAGUGUGUGCUGGGGGCAGGAGCACAAUCACAAUUCACUCUGAUGGGAACUGGUGGGAGCUGGGGACACUUGUCACUGCCUUCCCACCUGGCUGCAGGAACCAUCCCCUGUAAGAUCCCCAGGCCCUGAGUUGCCUCUGGAGACCUGAGCUUUGUCCUAGGAAGGAACACUCAUCAGGCUUUCUUUCCUGAUCUUCCAAAAGGGUCCCUCACCUUUGAACUUGCCUCCUCUGGCUUUAGGCUGCCUCAGGCCUUCAGCAGUGUGCCUAGCAGGGCCACGCAUAGGUUUCUGGUAAAACAAAAUACAUCACCCAGCCCCAAGAUAAGACACACAUGCCCAGGGAGUCCUCAGGAGCCUGGAUAAAGAAUCUAAUACUGGCUGAUCUAGUUUUGGAAGGAAAAGCCACCUCACCAUUGAGGACGGAAGUAUCUGGAUGCUGGACUCAUCACAAAGCUGUGUGACACAUUUAAUGGCAGAUUCCUGUAAAGUUACCAGAUGUACCUGUGAACCAUACAGUGCCUCACAAGAUACUUGAUGGCAGAGCACUCAUAGGCUCUCAGGGUUCUGGGGACACAGGGUCACCCAGGAUGCCAAAGUACUGGUGAGCUCAUGCACAGUGUGGCUGUCAGGGCAGCCUGUCCAUUUGGGGCACAGAGGUGACCAGGACUGGACAAAGCCCAUGGGCUGGUGGUAAGGCUGCUAACUUAAGACACAAGGAUCCAAAUCAUCCCCUUAGCCACAUGCUGGCCUGGUGGAGCUGCUGUUGGCAAAUUCUUCUUAAACACUACUAGAAAAUGCUACUAGGGCCCACACAGGGAGAUCUCUGCAUAGAAGCAGCUACUAAGACCAGCCAUUGCCCAGGCUAGCCACUCAGGUCCCAGGACCAGUCCAGUGGACCUCUGUUCCCCAAGUUCUCAUAGGCUGUGACCAGAGCCCAGAGCAGCACCAGGACACAGUUGUGGGGCUGCCUGUCAGGAAAACAGAGCAGGUAUCCCAUUCAAAACUUUCUGGGCUAUGGAGGUGAGUGCAGGGAAUGCAGAACUCUUGGGGAACUCUUGCAUGAAGUCACGGCCCUCCUCCAGGCUCCUGGUAAGCUCAGGGUCCAAGGGAACAGAGCCU